AUGGAUUUUGAUGAAUACCGCAGAAGAGGCAAGGAGAUGGUCGACUACAUCGCGGACUAUCUACAGAACAUUCGCGAGCGGCGCGUCUUCCCGGAGGUCCAGCCGGGCUACAUGCGCAACCUGGUGCCGGAGUCGGCCCCGCUCGAGGGGGAGCAGUGGGACAGCAUCUUCGACGACGUCGAGCGCGUCAUCAUGCCGGGCGUGACGCACUGGCAGAGUCCGCACAUGCACGCCUACUUUCCGGCGCUCAACUCCUUCCCGUCGCUGCUCGGCGACAUGCUGGCCGAUGCCAUCAAUUGUCUCGGAUUUACUUGGGCUUCGUCGCCCGCCUGCACCGAGCUCGAGUCGAUUGUGAUGAACUGGCUGGGGAAGAUGGUCGGGCUGCCGGAUGACUUCCUGCACCUGCCGGCCGUCAGCAAGGGCGGUGGCGUGAUCCAGACGACCGCGAGCGAGGCGACGCUGGUGUGCUUGCUGGCCGGGCGUACGAUGGCCAUCCGGCGGUUCCACGAGCACACGCCGGGCCUGCAGGACGCGGAAAUCAACGCACGCCUGGUGGCCUACUGCUCCGACCAGGCACACUCGAGCGUCGAAAAGGCGGCCCUAAUAGGAUUAGUGCGGAUGCGCUUCAUCGAGGCCGACGAUCAGCUCAGCCUCCGCGGGGACGCCCUGCGCGACGCCAUCGACGAGGACAUCCGCCAGGGUCUGAUACCGUUCUGGGUUUGCGCUACCCUCGGCACAACCGGUGCCUGUGCAUUCGACAACCUGGCUGAAAUCGGAGAGGUGUGCGCGUGCUACAACGUCUGGCUGCACGUGGAUGCCGCCUACGCUGGCAGCGCGUUCAUCUGUCCGGAGUUUCGGGUGUGGUUGAAGGGCAUCGAGAAGGCAGACUCCAUCGCCUUCAAUCCGUCGAAGUGGUUGAUGGUGCACUUUGAUUGCACCGCAAUGUGGGUGAAGAACAGCGGCGCCCUGCAUCGGACGUUCAACGUGGAGCCCUUGUACCUGCAGCACGAAAACUCGGGCCUCGCCAUCGACUACAUGCACUGGCAAAUUCCUCUCAGUAAGCGCUUCCGGGCGCUGAAGCUGUGGUUCGUGUUGCGCAACUUCGGCAUCAAGGGACUCCAGAAGCACAUCCGCGAGGGUGUCCGGUUGGCGCAGAAGUUCGAGGCCCUCGUCCUGGCAGACGCACGCUUCGAGAUCCCAGCCGCCCGACACCUGGGCAUGGUGGUGUUCCGCAUCCGGGGCGAGAACGAGCUGACGGAGAAGCUGCUGAAGCGGCUGAACCACCGGGGCCAUCUGCACGCCGUACCGGCUUCGUUGAAGGGUCGAUACGUCAUCCGCUUCACGGUCACGUCGACGUACACGUCGAACGAGGACAUUCUGUCCGAUUGGAACGAGAUCCGCACCGUCACGACGGAGCUGUUGAGCGAGCUGAACGUGCAGGUGAACGUUGACCGCGCUCGGGUGCCACUGAAGGAAACGCGCGAAAAGAACGAAGCGUUCGGCUCCAGUCUUCUACUGGCCAACUCGCCGAUGUCGCCCAAGAUCGUGAACGGUUCCUUCGCCGCCAUCUUCGAUGCGGACGAGUUUCUGGCCAAGGUGUACGCCGGCAUACGCAUUUCGAAUCAAGACUCACCCGCCAUGCGGCGCCGGGUGCGCGGCAUCCUGAUGUCCGGCAAGCAGUUCUCGCUCGACUCGCGCAUGGAUCUGGUCGUGCACGGCAUCAGCCCGGGCGAGGUUAAGAACGGCAUCGAAUCGAAGGCCAUCACCGAGGACCUGGAGGAGGUCUGGGAAGCUUGUGAGCAGAUGGAACUAUCGGACCAAGACACAACACCGGACGAAUCAUCCAGCAGCCAACCUUAUCUCGUUCCACAUGCCUCUCCCAAGCACUCCCGGUUGAUCCAGCCACUCCCCAUCCCUCCUGUGGUCCCUCCUCCACCGAGGGGACGCUCCCAAAGUGUGGACACCGGCAUUAUUCGUGCCCAUGCUAACUCCUCCCGCUGGCAGGCUUUGCUCGAGCCGGAAGAACGGACCACCCGAUCCGAGCCGUACUACAACUCCACCGACUCGCUAGCCAACCUAGCGUCCUCCCUGUGUGCCACACCCUCCUUACCCUCACCCGCGCAACCCCUCCCAAGCGGGGCCACGGCGAAAGUGUCCUGCGAGUCAAUUCUCGAGAGCAUCGACGAAAAUCGUCCGUCGGAGAAUUUCCCGCGCGCUCCCGGACAACCUCCGCAUGCCAAACGCCGCUACUCCGACCACCAUUCGCCGCUCUUUUCGCUCACCAAACCGAACGUCUACCCCGAGAAGCGCCAGUCCGAGCCAACGAUCCGGUGCGCGUUCUACAACAGGGGCUUCGAGGCGCUCUGUCCCCGGCAGCCCCCGAAGCGCGUCCUGUCGCAGAACGAUCUACCGCGGGCGGGACGCGUCCUGCGGCGCCAGAUAUCGACCAUCUGCGAGCUCAACCUGGCCGACGGUUCGCCGGCGCUGGACGAGGACUGGCGGCUGACGGAGAUGCCCAAGUUCCGGUACUGCAUCUCGGACGAGUCGGGCCACUGCAUCGACUUCGAUACGGUGCUGCCGUCGGGCGGGCCGGCGGAGAUCGACGAUGAGGACAUCCUGCGGGACGCGCUGCGCUUCGAGGAGAACUUUGUGGAGAAGUGCGCCCAGAUAUGCCCGGAGUCGGACUCGCUCUGCCUGGAGUCGAUCGAGAACCGGGUGCUGGACGAGCUGACCGCGUCCAAUGGGUUUGGCAGGGCGGGUGAUGGUGGUGGUGGUAAGGCGGGGAUGGUUGAUAAAACCGCACCGUUGGACGACGAAAUAAUCUACGAGAAUGUAAAGCUUUGCAGGAAGUGUGGCCAUCAGAGGAUUAAAUUAUAA